AUGGGUGCGACCAUCAACCAUAUACAUGAUGAUUUUGCAUUUGUUGUUCUGUCAAAGUUGCCUCUCAAAUCUUUGACUAGACUUUGUUGCGUACGUAAGUCAUGGUCUGACUUGUUUGAUAAUACUUAUUUUAUGAACAUGUUUCGAAAGAACUUUUUAUUGAAGAAUCACUUACAUUAUAAUGAUACAUCUCUCCUUUUACGUUUUGAUGAAUCGUGGAUUGCUGAUAAUCCAUGUAAAUCUGGAAUGUAUUCUCUAUCCGGUGAAAGAUUUGAGAAUAUCAUACAAUUAGAUUUGCCAAAUUUACUCCGCGGAGAAUGGUCAUUCAAAAUUUUGGGUUCAACUAGUAUCAAUGGCUUUCUGUUUAUUGAUUGUAAACAAUCAGGAAAAGUUGUAUUAUGGAAUCCAAAUACAAAUGAAUACAAAGUCAUUCCUCCAAGUCCUUUUUCUAUUAAAUUUACUACGGUAUAUCAUGGGAUUUAUGGGUUUGGAUAUGACUCAGUAAAAAAUAAUUAUAAGGUGAUUCGACAAGUAGUAUUUUUUAACGACAAUGAAGAUGGAAGCUCCUUCUGGGAGAUAUAUUGUCUAAAAACCAACACUUGGAAAACACUUGAUAUAGAUAUGCCGACAUAUUAUCAAGAUUAUGCGGAGGUUCAUUUGUACAACGAUGGAAUGUGUCAUUGGUUGGCCAAAUGUAAAACAUAUGGAUGUGAUAGUGAGACACAUAAUAAGGUUUAUUUGCUAUCAUUUAACAUGAGCGAUGAGAUGUUUGUUACAACAACCAUACCUUCAGACGUGGAGGAUGAUGUUGAUUAUAGAUACUUAGCGAUGUUAAGUGAAUCAAUAGUAUUGAUUUCAGUUUAUGCAGAGACUACUAGUUUUCAUAUUUCAAUUUUAAGUGAGGUUGGAAGAAAUGAGUCAUGGACUAAGCUCUUCAUUUUGAAGUCAUUAUCUUGUAUUGGUCGUCCUAUUGGAGUGAGCAAAAAUUGUGAUAUAUUCUUUAUAAAAGAGGAUGGAGAGCUAGCUUGGAUUAAUUUAAGUACAGAAAAGAUUGAAAACCUGGGUCUUAAUGGAGCUUUUAAUUGUAAGGUUAUCAAUCAUAAGAAAAGUCUUGUGAAAGGUAACUAA